CAGGGAUGUUCUGUUUUGAGUUUUGUGGUUGUUUUCUCAUGCAUGGGCAAGAAAGCAAAAUAUUCAAACAGUGAGGGUCGAAUAAAAUCAAUUUCAGGGUGCAAGCAAUGCAUUUCGUUCCCCGUCCACGCAUGCUAGAUGGCUGAGCAUGUGUCGGUGUCGGAGUAUAGCCGUCGUAUUCUCCGGGUUACCAUAGCCAAGCUGUGUGAAGACAUUGGUUGGCAGGCAAUUGAAUCAACAGCAUUGAGUGUUCUGGUCGAAGUCUUGGAAAAGUACAUUCUGUCGUUGGGAAGACGUGGGCAUCUUUGGCAGGAGCAUGCUAUCUGCAGCCAUGGUGACUUUGUCAACUUGGCUUCAGAGCUGCUUUACACAAAUGCCAACUCGCUGAAUGAAAUCAUCUUGUUCGCAUCCAGUCGAGAUUGCCCGAAGUUGCCUUUUCUGACAAAGUGCUUCGAAGAGAACUAUGAACAUCAGUCGGUGAGGCUCGGUAAGGAUCACUUGAAGGCACUGUUCGGAAACUUGGACAGCGACACUGAGGAGGAGCAAGAGGAAAAUGAUGUCAUCCAACCUGAGAACCCAGAUGUUCAGCAGCAGGAGGAAGAAGUAGAGGAGAGAGAAAAAGGAGGAGGAGAAAGCUCACGUCACAGUGCAAGAGAUGGAGGCGAAGAAGUGGUAGAAGAAGAAAAGGAGGAAGAGGAGGAGGAGGAGGAAGAAGAUGAGCCCAUGGAGGAAAUCCUUCCAACACCUCCAGAGCCAGCAGAUGCUGUAUCACCACAGUCCAGCCCGGCAUUACCUGCCACCGUAAUGGAGGCGGAAGUUCUGCAGCCAGAAGUUUUACAACCCAAGGUUUUACAGACAGUAGUUCCGGAGAUGAAGCUUAGGAUACCAAUUCCGCCCCUUGUCAUAAAGCAGAAGCCCUCAGAGCCUUUGGAUUUGGGAACAUCAGCAAAGAAGCAUAAGAAAGAAAAGAAGGAAAAGAAAGAGAAGAAAGAGAAGAAGAAGGAAAAGAAGGACAAAAAGGAAAAGAAAGGGGAGAAGGACAAGUCCAAAUCAUCAAAGAAGAAGGGAGGUUUGCCAGGUGACACUGCGCCCUUGGGAGUUCCUGUUACUCAUGCUGAUAUGGCGAAUUUGACUAGGCCAGUUGUGGUGCCGGUGGUGACACAAGAAGCGACAUCAGCCAAGGACGACGAGCAGGUCUACAUAUGCCCAGUGUGCAAACAGCCUGACGACGGCCUCCGCGCCAUGGUCAGCUGCGAAGUGUGCUGCAGUGAUGUCUGGUACCACAUGGACUGCGUGGGCUAUGAUCCGGCCUGUGGCCUCGACUGGCUCUGCCCAAGCUGUACAGCCAAGAGUCGAAACCGGUAGCACCCCCUCCCCCCCCCCCCUCUCUCUCUCUCUCCUCUUGACUUCAGGCAUCCCCAUCUCUCGUAUGUGAGCACAUUUCUUGUACUGGUUUAUACAGCUAAUACUUUUACAGUUUGCGAUAGCGUAUUUCACACCUGCAGCACUCCCUACAGGAGCGCUCUCGUUUCAGAACCCCCCCUAAUCUAAUGGACUAUUCACCGGCAGGCACCCAAGGUCCAUUUUGAAUUUCAUGAACAUAAAACUUGCUCGUUUGUUGAUCUACAUGAUCCCUUUCCCUCCAUUUCCCGCUUCAUUGGUAGUUUGGAUAAGUACGUACAUGUGCUGCGUUUGUGUUGUCCUCUCUUCCACUGAAAAAUAGCCUGCGCUUCGAUAAACUUGAAAGUGAUACACCCAUCGAUCCCAUCCGCCCGACAUGAAACGCAUGCACGCAUGCUUCCGCCCAUAUAACAUACCAUUCAAUGAUGAUCUUAUACACCUAUCCUAACCACUCGCUUUCUGAUUCACAAUGAAUCUGCUCUACUGCUUGCUCUUUUCUUUUGUUUUUACGCAACUACUGACUCAUUGGCUUCCCUCAGAUUUCUGCCAGAGAGCCAGUACAUGUACUGAUGCCCGUUAUCACAUUUCUUUGAUUUUGUGUAUCAGUGAUUGCUCCCAGGCCUCGUGA